AUGCCACCAAAGAAGAAGCAACAGCAACCUGCGAAGAAGAAGGACAAUGUCGACAAGACGUUUGGGAUGAAGAACAAGAACCGGUCGACGAAGGUGCAGAAGUAUAUCAAGCAUGUCAACUCGCAGAUGGACCCUGAGAAGGAGGAUUUGAAGCGGAAGAAAAUGGAGGAGCGGAAGAGGGCGGAGGCCGCGGAGGCCGAGCGGAAGGCACUGCUGGGUACUGCGAUGGACCAGAGGGUGCGCGCCGGGGUGGACCCGAAGACCGUGCUCUGUGCGAUGUUCAAGAUCGGGAACUGUAAUAAAGGUGCGAGGUGUAAGUUCUCGCACGAUUUGACCGUUGGGAGGAGGAUGGAGAAGAAGGACCUGUACCAGGACUCGAGAGCUGAGAAGGAGGAGGAUACGAUGGACAACUGGGACGAGGAGAAGUUGAGGAAAGUCAUUUUGUCCAAGCACGGUAACCCGAAGACGACCACGGACAAAGUCUGCAAGUACUUCAUAGAGGCCGUCGAGAACGGGAAGUACGGUUGGUUCUGGAUUUGUCCGAACAACGGUGAUAAAUGUAUGUACAGGCAUUCGCUGCCCGAAGGUUUCGUGUUGAAGACGAAAGAGCAGCAGAGACUCGAGAAGGAGGCGAUAGAGAACCAACCAAAGAUUACGCUAGAAGAGUUCAUUGAAACAGAGAGAGGGAAGCUCGAUAAGCAGAAACUGACGCCUAUAACACCAGAGAAUUUCAAAGAGUGGAAAUUGAAACACGUCAUUUCUAGGACCAACAUGGAAAACAAACUGAAACUACAACAGAACGGUGGGAAGCUUAAACUGAGCGGCCGUGAGGUGAUCCAAAACAUGAUGAUCGACAAAAAGAGUGAAGACUUGGCCAUGAGAGAGGCAGACGCGGACGGUGAGGACCACGGCUCCGCAUGGGAUAUCACUGAGUUCACUAAUGCAUUAAGGGAGGCAGAAACUGAAAACGAGGGAGGCAUCAAGGACUACGGUGAUGGUUUAAACCCAACAUUUGGUAUAGUAGCAUAA